AUGCUGCUGUGGGUGUCCUUGCUGGUCCUCGCUCCAGUCAGUGGACAACUUGCAACUGUACCCAAACCUGUGAUUUCCCUCCAUCCUCCAUGGACCAUAGUCUUCCAAGGAGAGAGAGUAAAUAUAACUUGCGAUGGAUUUCACUUCUAUGCACCAGAGAAAACAAAAUGGUACCAUCAGUUCCAACGGGUAAUGAAAACAAGAGAAACUCCAGGAAAUACCCUCGAGGUUUGUGAAUCUGGAGAAUACAGAUGCCAGGCCCAGGGUUCACCUACAAGUAAUUCUGUAUACUUGAUCUUUUCUUCAGGUAACUUUAUCCUGCAGGGCCCAUAUUCUGUGUUUGAAGGUGAUACAUUGGUUCUGAGAUGCCAGAAAAGGGGGAAAGAGAAGCUGACUUCUGUGAAAUACACUUGGAAUGGAAAGACUCUUUCUCAGUCUUCUAAAAGUUGGGAUCUUCUUAUCCCACAAGCAAGUUCAAAUAACAGUGGCUCUUACCAAUGCAUUGGAUUUGUGGACAAAAAAUAUGUAUUUAGAUCAAAUACCAAAGUUAUUACAAUUCAAGAACUAUUUCCACAUCCAAAGCUGAAGGCCACAGCCUCUCAGCCUACAGAAGGGAAUUCAGUAAACCUGAGCUGUGAAACGCAGCUUCCUCUUGAGCGGUCGGACACUCCACUUCACUUUAUCUUCUUCAGAGAUGACAUGGUCAUCCUGUCAGACUGGAGCAGGUCCCCAGAGUUCCAGAUCCCAACCAUAUGGAGAGAAAACUCAGGAUCAUAUCGAUGUGGUGCUGAAACAGUGACCCACAGCGUCCGCAAGCACAGCCUCCCUCUACAGAUCCACGUGCACAGCAUCCCUGUGUCUGGAGUGCUCAUGGAAACCCAGCCCCCAGGAGGCCAGGUGGUUGAAGGGGAAAUGCUGGUCCUUGUCUGCUCCGUGGCUGAAGGAACAGGGAGCACCAUGUUCUCCUGGCACAGAGAAGACACAAAGGAGAGUCUGGGGAGGAAAACUCAGCGUUCCCAGAGAGCAGAGCUGGAGAUCCCUGUCAUCAGGGAGAGUGAUGCCGGGGGAUACUACUGUACAGCUGACAACAGCCACGGCCCUGUGCAGAGUGAGGUGGUGAACAUCACCGUGAGAGAGGCUCCAGGCAACAGACAUGGCCUAAUUGCUGUGGUAGCCACCGGGGGACUGCUCAGUCUUCUUCUCCUGGGUAUGGCCCUGCUGUUUUACUGCUGGCGCUGGAGGAAACCAGGUGUGUCAUUCCUGGCAGAGGAAACCAGGUGCCCUCUUACCCCGGGCCCAGGAGAGUCCUGCCAUCCUAUCUGCCCUGUCCAGGGGGAGGUGCAGCUCUUGCAUGGCACUGUGCAUCCCAAAGAGAAAGACUUGGUAUAUUCUGAUAUCCAGACUAUUCAAGGGGAAGCCAAUACCUCCAGGAAACCUCUAGAGGACAAGGAUACCUCAAUUGUCUACAGUGAGGUGAAGACGCAGCUCCCAGACACCUCAGCUGGAAAGGUCAGCUCUAAGGAUGAAGACACCAUGGAAAUUUAUGAGAAUGUUCUACUCAUAUGA